GCACCAAGGAGGAGUUCUUGGACAUUAUCAAGCAACAUGCCAAGGGCAAGUUCCAGUUCUACGAGACGCAAACGAUCCAAGGCGGGGUGCAGGUCCGGUUCGGCAAGAAUGGGACAAUCGACUUCAUGUCGGAGGCAUCGAAGGCGGUCGUUCUACGAGGAACUGAAUGGCAACAGCAAGGUCUUCUGCCCAUCAUCAGCGGCUGGACCCAAGCCGGAUGA